CCCUUUCCUUUCUCCCCCUCUUCGCUUCUCCUCUGAGGUGAGGAGAGAAGUUCGCCCGCGGCACGACGCGUCGCACUCCGCUCCACGCUCCGCCGUCCUCCCUUUCCAAAGGGGAAGUUGUUUGGAAGGAAUAACAUCCGAGGAGCGCGGCAACUUCUCGGGGGCUGCUUUUUGCGGACGUUCACCAUGAACAAAGGAGAGAAGGAAAACGAAUCUAGUGAAUUUAGCAGCAGCCACGAGGAAGAGGUUCGAACGCUCUUUGUCAGCGGCCUGCCGCUGGAUAUCAAGCCGCGGGAGCUCUACCUCCUUUUCAGACCAUUUAAGGGCUACGAAGGUUCCUUGAUUAAACUUACCUCCAAACAGCCGGUGGGAUUUGUCAGCUUUGACAGCAGAUCAGAGGCGGAGGCGGCUAAGAAUGCCUUGAACGGGGUCCGUUUUGAUCCCGAGAUCCCCCAGACGCUCCGGCUGGAGUUUGCCAAGGCCAACACCAAGAUGGCUAAGAACAAGCUGGUGGGCACGCCCAACCCGCCGCCGUCGCAGCAAAGCCCCGGCCCGCCGUUCAUUAGCAGAGACCCAUAUGAGCUCACAGUGCCCGCGCUCUAUCCCGGCAGCCCAGACGUGUGGGCGUCGUACCCGCUGUACCCGGCGGAGCUGUCGCCGGCCCUCCAGCCCGCUUUCACCUACCCCUCCUCACUCCACGCUCAGAUCCGCUGGCUGCCACCUGCAGACGGAACUCCUCCGGGAUGGAAGUCGAGGCAGUUCUGCUGAAGUAUGUGUUCCUGAUGUGUGAUGGCGGCCUGUGACGGGGUCGUCGACCGCCACUCCGGUGCACGUUGAGCACGGACUGCCUCCUGCCGCGGUGGCGGCGAACUGUCGGCCUCACGCACCAGACACCUGCCUCCAUCACACAUCAAGAAUCCCCAACCCCUUCAUUUUUUCUUUUUCAUGUUUAUAUGUUUUUUUUUUUCCCACAAAUACCGUUACAGACUCGACAUCCCAGUGGCGCUCUGGCUACACCUCCGCCAAAGGUACCUCCCAUUUGUUUACAGGUAUGCAAAGUCACUCACAGGCGUUUAUAUGCACGGGAGUGUGGCCGAAGCGCUGCCGGAUGACGAAGGGGAUCGUUAUUUAUGAUUUGUAGUACACGUAUCAUUCUAUUCGUUUCAUUAGGAUUAUUAACAGCAUGACUUGACCGUGCGAAAGAAACAAAACAUGGUUGUACUUGUUUUUUUUUUUUAAGAAAGAAGUAUUUUUGUAAUCAAUUUAAAAGGGUUCGUGUUAGGCUAGAGCGCGCAACGCAUACAGAAAUGACAAUCGGCUAGAUUAGUUGUAGGUGUUACUUGAAAAAAAUUCGUAAUAUCGCGACUUUGCAUUACGUGUGACAAUCGAACAAAUUCUUGUUUCUGUAAGCUAGCAUGAAGCUAGUUUGUUUGACCUGUCGUCUGUGCGACAAUUGAACAAAUUCUUUUCUUUAUGCUAGCAUGAAGCUAGCUUGUUUGAACUGUCGUAUGUGCGACAAUCAAACAAAUUCUGGUUUCUGUAUGCUAGCAUAAAGCUAGCUUGUUUUACCUGUUGUACAUGCGACAAUUGCACAAAUUCUUGUUUCUGAAUGCUAGCUUAUUAAGCGCUCGCUCAACAUGAGCUAGCUCAUUUGACCUGUCGUACGUGUGUCAAACGAACAAAUUCUUGUUUUCUAUGCUACCACGACGCUAGCUUGUUUGAGAUGUCGUACAUCCGACAAUCGAACAAAUUCUUCUUUCUGUAUGCUACCUUAAUAAGCGCUCGCUCACCAUGAAGCUAGCUUGUUUGACUUGUUGUCCAUGCAACAAUCUAACAAAUUCUAGUUUCUGUAUGUUAGCAUACAGAUAGCUUGGUUGAUAUGUCGUACGUAUGCCAAUUGAACAAAUACUUGUUUCUGUAUGCUAGGCUAGUACACACGCGCUCAACAUGAAGCUAGCUCAUUGGACCUGUCGUACGUGUGUCAAACGAACAAAUUCUUGUUCUCUAUGCUAGCACGAAGCUAGCUUGUUUGAGAUGUCCUACAUCCGACAAUCGAACAAAUUCUUGUUUCUGUAUGCUAGGAUGAAGCUAGUUUGUUUGACCUGUCGUCUGAGCGACAAUUGAACAAAUUCUUUUCUUUAUGCUAGCAUGAAGCUAGCUUGUGUGAACUGUCGUAUGUGCGACUAUCAAACAAAUUCUGGUUUCCGUAUGCUAGCAUAAAGCUAGCUUGUUUUACCUAUUGUACAUGCGACAAUCGCACAAAUAAGUGUUUCUGAAUGCUAGCUUAGUAAGCGCUCGCUCAACAUGAAGCUAGCUUCUAUGACCUUUUGUCCAUGCAACAAUCGAACAAAUUAUUGUUUCUGUAUGCUAACAUAUAGAUAGCUUGUUUGAUCUGUCGUACAUAUGACAAUCGAACAAAUACUUGUUUCUGUAUGCCAGCUUAGUACAUGCGCGCUCAACAUGAAGCUAAUUUGUUUGACCUGUUGUACGUGCGACAAUUGAACAAAUUCUUGUUUCUGUAUGCUAGCUUAGUAAGCGCUUGCUCAACUUGAAGCUAGCUUGUAUGACCUGUCAUAUGUAGGACAAUCGAACAAAUUCUGGUUUCUGUAUGCUAGCAUUAAGCUAGCUUGUUUGACAUCUCAAACAUGCAACAAUGGAACAAAUACUGGUUUCUGUAUGCUAGCAUAAAGCUAGGUUGUUUGACCUGUCAUCUGUACGACAAUCGAACAAAUUCCUGUUUCUGUAUGCUAGCAUGAAGCUAGCUUGUUUGACAUGUCGUACGUGUGACAAUCGAACAAAUUCUUGUUUCUGUAUGCUAGCUUAGUAAUCGCUCGCUCAUGGGUUGAUGCUAGCUUGUUUGGCCUGUAGUACGUGCGACAAUCGGACAAAUUCUUGUUUCUGUAUGCUAGCAUGAAGCUAGCUCGUUUGACGUGUCAUCUGUGCGACUAUCGAACAAAUUCUUGUUUCUGUAUGCUAGCAUGAAGAUAGCUUGUUUGACAUGUUGUACACGCAACAAUUGAACAAAUUCUUGUUUCUGUAUGCUAGCAUGAAGCUAGCUUGUUCGAUCUGUUGUACGUGGGACAAUCGAACAAAUUCUUGUUUCUGUAUGCUAGCUUUGUAAUCGCUCGCUCAACAUGAAGCUAGCUUGUAUUUGUCGUAUGUGCGACAAUCGAACAAAUUCUGGUUUCUGUAUGCUAACAUGAAGCUAGCUUGUUUGACAUGUCGUACAUGCGACAAUCGCACAAAUUCUUGUUUCUGUAUGUUAGCUUGGUAAGCGCUCGCUCAGCAUAAAGCUAGCUUGUUUGACCUUUCGUAUGUGGGACAAUCAAACAAAUUCUGUUAUCUGUAUGCUAGCAUAAAGCUAGCUUGUUUUACCUGUUGUACAUGCGACAAUCGAACAAAUUCUUGUUUCUGUAUGCUAGCAUAAAGAUAGCUUAUGAUCUGUUGUAUGUGCGACAAUCGAACAAAUUGUGGUUACUGAAUGCUAGCUUUGUAAGCGCUCGCGCAACUUGAUGAUAACUUGUUUGACCUGUCACACAUGCAACAAAUGAAUAAAUUCUUGUUUCUGUAUGCUAGCAUGAAGCUAGCUUGUUCGACUUGUUGUACAUAUGACAAUUGAACGAAUACUUGUUUCUGUAUGCUAGCUAAGUACGCGCUCGCUCAACAUGAUGCUAGCUUGUUUGACCUGUCGUACAUGCGACAAUCGAACAAAUCCUUGUUAAUAUAUGCUAGCAUAAAUCUUGCUUGUUUGACAUAACGUACGUGUGAUGAUCAAACAAAUUCUUGUUUCUGUAGCUUAGUAGCUUUGAAAGCUACAAUACCACCUUAUUAAGCGCUCGCUCAACAUGAAUCUAGUUUGUAUGACCUGUUCUACCGGCGACAAUCAAACAAAUUCUUGUUUCUGUAUGCUAACAUGAAGCUAGCUUUGUUUCAAAUGUCGCACAUGCGACAAUUAAAUUCUUGUUUGUUGUUUGACCUGUCGUACAUUUGACAAUCGAACAAAAUCUCGUUUCUGUAUGCUAGCAUAGUAACCGCUCGCUCAACAUGAAGCUAGCCCAUUUGACCUGAAGUGUUCACGGUUUUGCGUUUGUUGGCCGACCGAUUAGAAAAGAGCGCCGUACCAAAGCCGUCCAGUUGGCGCGCUAUACACAGCUGUAAUUAGCAACAGACCAAAGGCAUUUUGUUUUGUACACUGGAGGAGCGCUAGCUCAGCUAGCGCUAUUAUGUUUUUAAACGCCUUUCGAGCCCUCGGUUGGAUUUUUUUAGGAGUUGUUUGCUCGAAAAGGCGCUCACUUGAAGUCUCUUUUCAAUUUUGAGGCAGCCAAACUACUUUUAGCAACAUAAAUGUAUAUAUUAAAAAAGGGAGCCAAUUCUGCUGUAGUGACAUCUUAACUCUUUCAACAGUUUAUCGCUAGUCGACGUCCAAACCAUUUAAAGCUGGAGGGUGGCAGCGAAUUAAUGUUCCAUCCCUCCCACUUCAAACCGAUUGGACGUCCAGUGCCAUAGAAGGCAGACGACGAGUUGCAAAAAUUAUUCGGUCGUUCAAAUAUUUUUAAAGCAUCUUUCCUGUCAUGUACACCCAAAAGUUUUGAGACAUUUUCCCAUCGUACCGAAUGAGAAAUAUGAUAAGGUAAUUGGUAAUUUAGUAAUCUGUACCCACAGAUUAGCAAUCUGUACCCACGGAUUACUAAUCUGUACCCACAGUUUAGCAAUCUGUACCCACAGAUUACUAAACUGUACCCACAGUUUAGCAAUCUGUACAACACCGAUUACUAAUUUGUACCCACAGUUUAGCAAUCUGUUGCCACAGAUUUCUAAAACUGUACCCAUAGUUUAGCGGCUACUAAAAAUAGCUAACUGACAAAUGAACACUAGUUGAAUUAAGCACGCACGGACACGACAGCAGCACAGAAAAUGUGCAAACACAACAUGCCGUAUUGAUUGAUGACACCUGAAAGUGAAUUUUAGACGGCUACCAAAGAAAACGAGCAAUAGUUACCUUUUAAAACCCCUUUGUUUGCCGAGGGUAAAACGUGCAAGUGCUUGCUCGGUCGGUCCCUCGGCGUUUGGAGUCCCCGCCAAACAUUGGUGACUACUGUUUCCGGGUCAUUGCUAAACUGUGGGUACGUAUUAGUAAACUGUGGGUACAGAUUACUAAAAUGUGGGUACAGUUUAGUAAUCUGUGGGUAUAGAUUAGUAAACUGUGGGUACAGUUUAGUAAUCUGUGGGUACAGAUGAGUAAACUGUGGGUACAGAUGACUAAAAUGUACCCACAGAUUUCUAAACUGUACUCACAGUUUAGCAAUCUGUGGGUAUAGAUUAGUAAACUGUGGGUACAGAUUACUAAAAUGUGGGCACAGUUUAGUAAUCUGUGGGUAUAGAUUAGUAAACUGUGGGUACAGAUUACUAAAAUGUACCCACAGAUUACUAAACUGUGGGUACAGUUUAGUAAUCUGUGGGUACAGAUUACUAAACUGUAGGAACAGAUUACUAAAAUGUGGGUACAGUUUAGUAAUCUGUGGGUAUAGAUUACUAAACUGUGGGUACAGAUUGCUAAAAUGUGGGUACAGUUUAGUAAUCUGUGGGUAUAGAUUAGUAAACCGUGGGUACAGAUUACUAAAAUGUACCCAUGGAUUGCUAAACUGUCGGUACAGUUUAGAAAUCUGUGGGUACAGAUUAGUAAUCUGUGGGUACAGAUUGCUAAACUGUGGGUACAGUUUAGUAAACUUUGGGUACAGGUUAGUAAAUUGUACCCACAGAUUACUAAAAUGUGGGUACAGAUUAGCUAUGAUUUUUUUUUAUCCCUACCCUGGCACCCGGGGGGCUCCAUAGAUUCAUAUGCGUAAUCCGAUCCGAAAUUUUUCAUUAUUUCUUUACUUCGAAGGCAUUUUUUCCCUUGUAUUUCUUUAUUUCAAGUAUUUAUAAAGUGUGUAUGUGUUAUAUGGGUGUUGUUUUUCCCGAGUAUAUAAUUCAAUGUAAGUAUUAAUAUUGUAUAUUAAUUUGUUUGCGUGUGUUGUAUCUGACGGGUUGGGACGUACUGUACCGUAUGUAUGAUAUACUGUAUAAAUACUACAUAAUUCACUGUGAAAUCCUGACAAAAAAAAAAAAAACAAUAAGAAAUGCCAUAAGAGUGAAUGGCUGAUUUUCUAUUAUGGUACGGUAAAUGCUUGUAAAUCCCAUGUUUGUGUAUAUGCUAGCUGCAUAUAGAGCUAGCCUUGUUUGUUUGAAAACAAACGUUUUUAUGAAAAUGUUUAAGAAGACAUUUCCAGCCGUUUGCCAUUAAAGUUUGACAAGUCC